AUGCGUAAUUCUUUAUAUGGGGUACGCCUUUGGAGCGAUUUAGCAAAGUUGGCACGUAAGCAAGAAGUAUGGGAUGUCGCUCGGGUCGCUUCUACAUUCUGUCUGUUAUAUGAUGAUGGUCGUUGGAAUAUUAUCAGAGCUAAUGAUAGCUCAUUAGAAACAACAUUACCAAAAGUCCAAAAUUUAGUUGCCACGAAUGAAGAAAUCACGGCUCAUAACAAUACUGAAUUAAUGAGGAUACUUGCUGAAGUAUAUUGCAUCCAUGGAGAGGCAUAUCUUUGUAAGUCUAGAGAUGAAGGUACUUUAUUAGGAGAUAGCCCUUCACCUCCUCAGGAUCCCAAACUAAAACAAAAAAAUCAAGUGACAAAUACCCUGGACGAUCCAGACUGGAAGACUUAUUGUGAUUGGGUGAAAUCAUUGUGGCAAACAGCGAUUAACGACUUUAAGCGUGCAUUACAACUUGGUUGCGAAUUAAGUGAAUCAUGGCUAGUUUAUAGCGCAGCAGCUUAUUUAUGGAACUAUUGCAAACAUAAAUUUGAUCAGGCCUCUUUCCGAGAAUUCGUACCAGUUUUUCAGCCAGUCUUAACUGCAAUGAAGACUAUUGGAAUCAACGGGGAAUCUGUCUUAUACAGCGAAAUAAGCUAUGUUCUCGCUAAAGGAAUUAUUCAACCAUGGCUGCCCGAAUUACCUACUCGUAUCGUUUUACCUUUAGAGGUAGAAAAAGGUAAAGGUGGAGGUGGAGGUGGAGGCAAUACUACUGCUGGAAUCGCUCAUUCGAAUACUGCUAUUAGUAAUCGUACUGUACAAUCUAGUAUGACUGGCUCUGAUAAUAGCAUAGUUACAGCAGGUAUGAAAGUACCUAGAAUAAUUAACAUUGAUCCGGAUGCAACACCUGAAUUAAAACAAGCAAUGGACAUCAUUGAAAAUGCAUUAACAUUAACGAAUGGGUCGAAUGACAACAAUAAGAUACCUUUAUCGUUACGACAUAAAAUGUUAACUUUAUGGGUUUAUUUACGCCAAUUAUUAAAUAUAAACAUUCCACGCAACUUAUCCCAUGAACAUGAUGAAAAUAAAACUCCGGUACUAUCUGCAUCAAAGGCAAUCACCGCUGUUGAAAUGAUUUCAUCAAGUCGUAAUGGACUUGGAGAAUUUGUGAAUUGUCCAACGUUAAAUGAUGCCAUUAAAUGGGUAGAAUCAGCUAAUAUAUCAUGGAAUGAUUGCAUCGUAGAAUUAUAUUUGUGGUCAAAGUUAGCACUUGUCUCGUUACAAGUUAAAAAUUUCAAUAAUGUCAUUAGUUGCUCUGAGAAAGGUCUGAAAUUUGGAACACGUACUGAGAUAACAUCAUUAAAGAGUCAAAAGAUACAAGAAUGGUAA